AGUCGUUUUCACGUAGUUUCAAAAAAGAAAUGUUCGUUUUCACUUGGGCGGUGCGUCGGACUUGGGGAUCCAUGUGCCGACGGUGAUCGACCUGUGGGCAUUAACCCUGAGCCUUCGCACCUGUCUCGGGCGUCGGCGCGCUGCUGGAGCCAUGGAUGCUACCAGAAACCAGAUCGCACGCCUCAGACUUAAGUUAAUCAGAGGGUCCACCUGCAGCCAGAUCGUCACUGCAAUUAGUACUGACUCUGCCAAGUCGCCACGUGACUAACCCGCGAGGUCGACGCGGAUUUUCUUCUUUAUACCGCGGGUAGGCGGACUGGGCGGCUGACGGAGCCGCGGAGGGAACCGAGUGGCCCCGGCGACGCGAGGCCGAGGCGAGCUAAUCUGACGGUGGCAGUGACGACUCCAACGACCAGGCGCGGAGGCUGCACUGCUCCAGCGAAGUGCUCAGGUCGCUGUAUCGGUGCAGAAAUCUUGCUUUAUUAUCAUCCCAUCGGAGCAUGGCUGCACCAUGUCAUUCAUGUCUCCAUUCCCGGGGAUGGAUCUAAGUAAAAUGGAUCCCGGGACUCUGACCCUCCUUGGGGCAGCUGGUUGUGUAAUGCUGACUAUGCAUUUCACUGUGCAAUUGGUGUCACAACAUCUCUUCUAUUGGAAAAACCCCAAGGAGCAGAAAGCCAUACUUAUUAUUGUGCUGAUGGCUCCACUAUACGCUAUCUCUUCCUUCGUGGGUCUUCUUGAUAUCCAGGGUAGCAAGACAUUUUUCACAUUCUUAGAUGCUGUUAAAGAAUGCUAUGAGGCACUGGUGAUUGCUAAGUUUAUGGCAUUGAUGUACAGCUACUUGAAUAUAUCUAUCAGCAAGAACAUAGUCCCUGAUGAAAUCAAAGGGAGGGUGCUUCAUCAUUCCUUCCCUGUUUCUCUUUUCCUGCCCCGCAAUGUCCGAUUGGAGCACAAAACAUUGAAGCUUCUGAAGUAUUGGACCUGGCAAUUUGUUAUUGUUAGGCCAGUAUGUUCCAUUCUGAUUAUUGCACUCCAGCUUCUUGGGCUGUACCCCAGCUGGGUCAGCUGGACGUUUAGUAUUAUACUGAACUUUUCAGUCUCCAUGGCCUUAUAUGCAUUGGUUCUCUUCUACCACUUGUUUGCUAAAGAGCUGGCACCUCACAAGCCUCUUGCAAAGUUCUUGUGCAUCAAAGGGAUUGUCUUCUUCUCUUUCUGGCAGGGUUUUGCGCUCGAUGUUUUAACCCAAGCAGGCGUGAUCAAAUCCCACCAUUUCUGGCUGGACGUGGAGCACAUCCAGGAGGCGAUCCAGAACGUCCUGGUGAUCCUUGAGAUGGUGGUGUUCUCCGUCAUCCAGCAGUACGCAUACCACGUCGCCCCCUACAGCGGCGCUGACAGGGCCAAGUUUGAGAAGAAGAACGAAUGAACCAGGUUUCCAAAAAGAAUGAAAGAAGGAAAAAAACUCUCUGCUUUCUGGUCGCUCGGAGAUGGAGCACCAGUAUUUCCUCACGGAUGGACGACAUACACAAGUUCAUCGAGUCUCGCGAGUAGCGUAUUUGGUAGCGAGUUGUCGCGCUGUAAAAUUACACUGUCCUUGCGCGCUGAAUAAUUUUGCUGGCUUUGUCGUUUUGGUUUUUUGAACGUUGUCGCCGAGGCUAUAUAGCCAGGACUGUUCGUCUUGUACGAGCGCGCGCUCUCUCUCUCUCUCUCUCUCUGCGGACUUGGCGAAUCCUUUUAUGAAUAAAAGCUACUGUCCUGUUCUACA